AUGAAGUUAUUCAAAUUGCUAUGGAUAGCUUUGACACCAGUUUUGGUUUCAUGUCAUGUUCAUCGAGUGACAUCUUUAGACCUUUUCUACGAUACUGUAAACAAUGACGCUUUUACGGUGGUCAAGUACUACACCACUUGGUGUUCGCACUGCAAGAAACUUGGUCCUGUUUUUGACACCUUGAGCGAGUCCUUCAGAGAAUCCAACGCGAAUGUCACAUUUCUAGAGGUAAACUGCGAGAUUUUCGCUUCCACAUUGUGUCGAAGACUUCCAGGAUACCCCAUGGUUGAGGUGAUCAAACCGUUAAGAAAAGUAAAGGGCAAUACAACGAUCGAGCAGUCUCCAGCUAGCCAGCCUUCUUGGUGGUCGAGGCUUGUAACUAAGAUACGAAUGGGCGGCUACGACCCUGCUUGGACUUUGGAUUUGGAUAGAGUGGUCGAAUUCAAUGGCAGUCGCGAUCUGCCAAUAUUAGCCAACUUCAUUGACAAAGUUAUUGACAGCACACAAAAGGAUGCAGAGGUUGAAAAUAUAUUGUAUGGUGGCGAUAGCGAUAGCGAUCAAUACGUUUCGAUAAGGAGAUACCUAACUGAAGUCAAGGACAUUGGUAAAGAGAUUCGCAAACUAGAAAACAUACUGAAGUACAACGCAGACGAGGAGCUCGAAUCCAUCCGAUUGAAGCUUCGUCUGCUACGCGUUUUGGCCGUAGAAGGUACUGAAAUGGAUAAAAACGGUUUGAAUCAUGACGAAUUGUAA